AGGCAAACGAGGGUCUAGCAAACGGAAACAGAGAGGAGAGGCCGAGGCCCCACGCUGGAGGGCGAGCCCCCACGCCUCCUUGGCAAGGGCGGCGGCGUUGCCCGGUGCCUACAAUUUCUCCGCCCACGGCGCUCCGCCCUUCGCCCUUUGACCUGCGCCAUUUCCGGUUGGAGACGUGGCUUGAGGCCGCCAUCUUGGCGAGAGGCGAAGCGGCGGCGGCUCCUGUCAGGGGGGCAGCGGGUCCAGAGCGGCCGGCGCUCCCCUUCCCCUGCCCCAGCCCUAGCGCCAGUGGAGCCGGAGCGCGGGGGCGCCCCACCACCGCCUUCGCCAUGGUGCUGUUGGCAGCAGCAGUCUGCACAAAAGCAGGAAAGGCUAUUGUUUCCCGACAGUUUGUGGAGAUGACCCGAACUAGGAUUGAGGGCCUGUUAGCAGCUUUUCCAAAGCUCAUGAACACUGGAAAGCAACAUACAUUUGUUGAAACAGAGAGUGUAAGAUAUGUCUACCAGCCUAUGGAGAAACUGUACAUGGUACUGAUAACUACCAAAAACAGCAACAUCUUAGAAGAUCUGGAGACCCUAAGGCUCUUCUCAAGAGUGAUUCCUGAAUAUUGCCGAGCAUUAGAGGAGAAUGAAAUAUCUGAGCACUGUUUUGAUUUGAUUUUUGCUUUUGAUGAAAUUGUCGCCCUGGGAUACCGGGAGAAUGUGAACCUGGCACAGAUCAGAACCUUCACAGAAAUGGAUUCUCAUGAGGAGAAGGUGUUCAGAGCAGUCAGAGAGACUCAAGAACGUGAAGCCAAGGCUGAGAUGCGGCGUAAAGCGAAGGAAUUACAACAGGCCCGAAGAGAUGCAGAGAGACAGGGCAAGAAAGCACCAGGAUUUGGGGGAUUUGGAAGCUCUGCAGUGUCCGGAGGCAGCACAGCUGCCAUAAUCACAGAGACCAUCAUUGAAACUGAUAAACCAAAAGUGGCACCUGCACCAGCCAGGCCUUCAGGCCCCAGCAAGGCUCUGAAACUUGGAGCCAAAGGAAAGGAAGUAGAUAACUUUGUAGAUAAAUUAAAAUCUGAAGGUGAAACGAUCAUGUCCUCCAAUCUGGGCAAGCGUACCUCUGAGGCAACCAAAGUGCAUGCUCCCCCCAUUAAUAUGGAAAGUGUGCACAUGAAGAUUGAGGAAAAGAUCACACUAACCUGUGGACGAGAUGGAGGAUUGCAGAAUAUGGAGUUGCAUGGCAUGAUCAUGCUUAGGAUCUCAGAUGAUAAGUUCAGCCGAAUUCGUCUUCAUGUGGAAAAUGAAGAUAAGAAAGGGGUGCAGCUGCAGACCCAUCCAAAUGUGGAUAAAAAACUUUUCACUGCAGAAUCUCUAAUCGGCUUGAAGAAUCCAGAGAAGUCAUUUCCAGUCAAUAGUGACGUAGGGGUGCUGAAAUGGAGACUACAAACCACAGAGGAAUCUUUUAUUCCUCUGACAAUUAAUUGCUGGCCCUCAGAGAGUGGAAAUGGCUGUGAUGUCAACAUAGAGUACGAGCUACAAGAAGACAAUUUAGAACUGAAUGAUGUGGUUAUCACCAUCCCUCUCCCAUCUGGUGUUGGCGCACCGGUCAUUGGAGAGAUCGAUGGCGAGUAUCGACAUGACAGUCGACGAAAUACCUUGGAGUGGUGCCUGCCAGUGAUUGAUGCCAAAAAUAAGAGUGGCAGCCUUGAGUUCAGCAUUGCUGGGCAGCCCAACGAUUUCUUCCCUGUUCAAGUCUCCUUCAUCUCCAAAAAAAAUUACUGUAACAUACAGGUUACCAAAGUGACCCUGGUAGAUGGCAACAGUCCUGUAAGGUUUUCCACAGAGACCACUUUCCUAGUGGAUAAGUAUGAAAUCCUGUAAUACCAAGAAGAGGGAACCGAAAAGGAAAAAUUUCAAAUUAAUAAAGAAGAAGCCAACAGUGGCUGAAGAGUUUUUUCCAAAUCUACAAGCCAUUGGAGACCCUUUCUUUCUGGUACAGUGCACGAUUCUCUGCGCUCAAGGACCCUCACCUCACCCUCAGUGUUUCAGUGUCAUGGAGACGUUCUUUGGCAAAAAAAUGACACAAACAUAAAGGGAAAGGCUGCUGAUUUCUUUGGCAGAUCUUACUGGCCAACAGGAAAGCAGGCUCCCCAGAGAACGCCCCAGCUAAACAUCUUCUUUGCUUCGUUUAAGUUGCUCCAUUAUUUUAAUCUCUCAGUAGAGUUACAUUUCAUACUUUGUUUUUAACAAGUUUUCUCUGCAGAAGAUUUAGCCUGCCAUAUCCUUUCCUUUACCUUCCGUUUUUUUCUUUCCAUACAUUGAGUCAAGCCCGGGGUUGUCUGUAUAGAAGUAGUGUAUUUGUCACUCCUGGAAGAAGUUGAUCCAGUCCAUUCUUGAUCUUUGGACUGUAAAGGUGAAUCGCUUAAGGGCACGGGGUCUAGAAGUUAAAUGUAAGGAUGUCUUACUCCUUCUCUUAAAUCCAUUCAUUGCUCCAUUCCUUUGCCAAGUUGUUUUCCUUCAAGUCCUGUUCCUGCAGUUCAGAGCAGUACUGUGCGAGUGCCACUUGGGUCAAUAUGAAAGGCAGCUGAGAA